AUGCCAUCUGUGACACUCCCUACUACUGAAGACAAAAAUAUAGUUCGUAAAGCUCUACCAACUUGUAAAAUCGUUACUUCAGCCGUAGCUCGGUUAUACAUUGCUUUACCACAUAGUAACAAUUGGACUUAUUCACAACGAUGGGGUGCUGCCACUUUUUGUAAAGAUAAAAAGAAACAAAAUGCCUUUUUUAUUCGUAUUGUUGAUAUGGAAAAUCAGACUGGAGUGAUCUGGGAACAAGAGUUAUAUGAAGGAUUUGAAUACAAUAAAGAUAAACCAUUUUUCCAUACAUUUGAUACUGAUGAUUAUCUGGCAGGUUUAGAAUUUGUGGAUCAAGGUGAAGCUGACGUAUUCUAUAAAAAGGUGAUCAAUAGAGAUUCAAUUCGAUUAAAAGAUGAAUCUGGCAAUAGUCAUGGCACACAAUGGAAAAUUUCUUCACGCAAAAGUCAUAUUGAUAAGAAUCAUAUUGGUAAACCAUCCGAUUUUCGUCAUUUGGGACAUAUUGGUUAUACAACAGAAAAAGGUUUUACUAUUGAAAACAAUGAUCCAGAACAAAAUAGUAUUAUUGAACAACUCAAGGCUCUUGGUAUCACACCUGAAGAAAUCAAUCAAAAUCAAGAUUUUAUUCACCAAUUCUUAAAUCAACAUACCAAUAAUCCUCCUCCUCCUCCUCCUGCUCCUCCUUCAAGAUCUAUACCUUCCUCUCCCGCACCUACUCCUCCACCUUUACCUUCAACAAAAACAGGUCGUCGUCCUCCACCACCACCACCACCUCCAAGAAAAAAAACACUUGGUUCUACUUUACAACAACAACAACAACAACAACAACCAACAUCAUCUCCUCCUCCUCCACCACCACCUCCUCGAUCAGCCUUUCCACCUAUCCCUCAACGUGGUGUACGUCAAUCUCAAUCACCUUCAAUUACUGGUAAUAUUGGUGAAGCACCUUCUCCUCCUCCACCUCCACCACCGCCACCAAUGAUGAAUCAAUCAACUCGAACGACACCUUUACCACCAUCAAAUUGCCCACCUCCUCCGCCACCUCCAGCUCCAGCAAUUCCUUCUAGUAAUACCACUCUUCCUCCUUCUUCAGAUGGACGAGCAAAUCUCAUGGCAUCUAUUCGUGCAACUGGUGGGUUUGGAACACUCAAAAAGGGAGGACAACUUCGUCAAGGAUCAACAAAUAAUGGUAUGGCAGCAGCCUCAGCAGCAGCAGUGGGUGGAACAGCUUUGGCAGGAACAGCAGCAGCAGCAACAACAAGCAAUGAUGAUGCAUCUAAUGGUGGUUUAGCUUCUAGUUUAGCUGCUGUACUGAAACAACGACAAACAGCAAUGCAAAGCGAUGAUGAAGAAGAAGAUGAUGAUGAUUGGGAAUGAACUUUAGAAUCAAAUUAGUUUAGUCUAGUUUAGUCUUUUUUAUUUUAUUUUAUUAUUAUUAUAUCUUUUCC